AUGUCGCGGCGACAUCGUAUUGUGCUUACAAAACCAACUUCGGAAAGCGAUCUAGAUGGUACUACAAAUGGAGUAGCUGGUGUAACUUUGGAUUCGGACAACUUAUCAGAAAAUUCUGGCUCGUUGAAGACCAAAAAACGACGGCGGCUCCGAAAAAGACGUAUGUGAUCUUGUUUUAUUGAUUUGUGUUUAGGUAAACGGAUUUCUGUCUUGGAUUUUUAGUUUUGCUGUUACAAGUUGGAGGCUUAAUGAAUUUUAUAACAUUUAUAUGUUUUUCGAAAAAGAUAAACUGAUUGGCUUUUAAGAAGUACGAUCAGUUUAUCGGUUAAGCUAACUUGUUUGAUCAAAGCUGAUCUUUUUGGAUAGGUAUAACCUUUUUUUGUUUUUCAUUUAGAAUUUGGAACUUUAAUUUUAGCUGCUUCACAAAUGGAUUGGCAAAUACAAGGGACUUCUGGAGAUGAAAAAACCUCUGGUGAGGACACUACAAACGAAGGCCACGAUGCAGAUGACGAGCAAAGUGACUGGCCUGAAUCAAACACCGAUGUUGAUGUAGGAACGUCUUCUCUGGUGAAGAAAAGGCACGUUCGUGGUGAUCUGAUGGAAACUACGCCUGAACCCGACUCUGCAUCAGAAGCUCCUCCAAUGAAAAUGGCACGAUUUGCUAAACCGGCUUUAAGAUGCCGAGAUCAAGCUAAUGGUGCCAUUCCUCCUCCGUUAAAGCGACGAAUUGAACGUUUUUUGAACGACACUGUUCAGGAAGAGAUGUCAAUUUCGCAUACCUACAGGAUUGCUGCGGUAUGUUUGAGUGAUUUUAUAAAUAAUGAAUUAAAUUUUAUGACUAUUUCCGAUUUUUCUUUGUUAAUUUCAAUUAAUUUUUGACAUAAAGUUUAUAAAAUGGAGUUUUUUCUAUUUUACGCCGUAACUUUAUGCAUCACACUUAAAUUAAUAUUUCAGAUUCGUCGCUUGGUGAAUCGACCAGAAAUAGAAGUGAUAAAACGACCGCGCGGGACCAUCGUGUUACGAAAAAAUACAUGA